AUGCCAUAUUAUAUACAGAGACUUUAUAGGCUAUGCAAUGCAUCCUUUUCAUCUGAUGGACCUGUGUCGGAAGAGGUCAUUGAGAAAGUUCGUGAGAAGUUAGAAAGAAUCAAACCAUCAGAUGUAGGUCUUGAACAAGAAGCACAACUGGUUCGGAAUUGGCCUGGUCCAGUACUCGAGCGUAAUGGGAGCCAUCAAUCCUUGCCACCUAUAAAAUAUUUGCAUUUGCAUGAAUGUGACUCAUUCUCUAUAGGAAUUUUUUGCAUGCCCCCCUCAUCCAUCAUUCCUCUCCAUAAUCAUCCUGGAAUGACAGUGUUGAGCAAGCUGUUAUAUGGUUCGAUGCAUGUUAAAUCCUAUGAUUGGAUUGAUGCACCUGGCUCCACUGAUCCAUCUGAAGUGGAAGAAGCUGGUCCCCAUGGUGUAAUGAUUAGAGAAGCAUGGUUUGAAAUUUUGAAACCCCUUGGAGAGAGGCACCCACAUAUAUUUCACUUUAUCUUCCCUGGUUUGGUUCUUGUUGGACAUCGAGGUAGUGAGAACUCUGCUAGCCUUUCUUUUGGCCUUUUGAUAGAGAUGUGUUGUGCAUGGAAAAAUACUCGACCUGCAAAGCUCGUCAAAGAUACUGAUAUGACAGCGCCAAGCCCCACAACGGUUCUUUACCCCACCAGUGGAGGAAACAUCCAUUGUUUUAGAGCUAUAACUCCUUGUGCUAUCUUUGACAUAUUGUCACCCCCUUACUCUGCAGACCAUGGAAGACACUGCACCUACUUCCGGCAAUCCCAAAGGAAAGAUCUCCGAGUGAAUGUUGAGCUAGAUGGAGUGACGGUUUCUGAACUGACUUGGUUAGAAGAGUUUCAACCUCCUGAUGACUUUGUGAUCCGGAGAGGGCUGUACAGGGGUCCAGUUAUUAGAACUUGA